AUGUCUAUCAAAGGAGUUCGCAUCGCCAUCGACCGGGGUGGCACAUUCACCGAUGCUUGGGCGCAGAUUCCAGGUCGAAAUCGCAAUCUAGUGAUCAAAGUCCUUUCCAAAUGCCCGGAAGAGUACGAAGAUGCUCCCACAGAAUGCAUACGACAAAUCCUGGAGAUUGCGACGAAAUCAAAGAUCCCUCGUGGUGUGCCUCUCGACCCGAGUCGCAUCGAAUUUAUCCGCAUGGGUACCACGGUGGCCACGAACGCUUUACUGGAGAGGAAGGGUGAGCGGGUAGCCUUGCUCAUCACGAAAGGCUUUCGAGACAUUCUCAGGAUCGGUAAUCAGGCUCGACCACAUAUCUUCGACCUGUCGGUGCACAGGCUGGGAAAACUCUAUGAAGCGGUCGUUGAAGUCGAUGAACGAGUCACAAUUGAAGGCUUUGCAGAAGAUCCGGAACCCAAGUCGAUCGAUCUGACAUCUGAUCCCAAUCUACGAGUCGGCCUUACGGGCGAAGCAGUACGCGUCCUCAAACGACCAGACUAUGAAGCCGUACGCUGCGAUCUGCAGGACCUGUGGAAUCAAGGCUACAGGAGUGUAGCUAUCGCCAUGUUGCACUCGUACACGUAUCAGGACCAUGAGCUUGCCGUCACUUCGAUCGCUAAGGAGAUGGGCUUCCGAGUCUCAGCCUCGUCUGAACUUCAGACAAUGGCAAAGCUGGUGCCACGUUGUCAAUCGGCUGUUGCCGAUGCUUACUUGUCUCCCAUUACCGACGAGUAUAUCGCCAAAUUCCGACAAGGUUUCGAAGGUAAAUUCGAGGACGAGCAUGCUAACAAGCUCUUCCUCAACCAGUCAGAUGGUGGGUUGACCACCUUCAACAAGUUCACGGGGAUCAGAGGUGUGCUCAGUGGUCCUGCUGGUGGCGUGGUUGGACUUUCAAGGACAUGCUAUGAUCCCAAUGAUGGCACUCCUGUGCUAGGAUUCGACAUGGGCGGUACAAGCACGGAUGUUGCACGAUAUGCGGGAGCCCUUGAGCACAUCUUUGAGAAUACUAUUGCCGAGGUUACCAUACAAACUCCUCAACUCGAUAUCAAUACUGUCGCGGCUGGAGGUGGUUCAAUGCUUUUCUGGGAGAACGGCCUGUUCAAAGUCGGUCCCAGCAGUGCGGGCGCCGACCCAGGCCCGGCCUGCUAUGGGAGGGGCGGACCCCUAACAGUGACUGAUGCCAACUUUUUUUUGGGGAGAAUCAUUCCAGACUUAUUCCCACGGCCUUUGGACCUCGAUGUCGUGCGAAGCAAAUUUGCCGAAAUCACCGAGACAAUCAACAACGAUAAGGAGGGCGAGGGUAGCAUGACUCCUGAAGAAGUCGCCACUGGAUUUCUGUCUAUCGCGAACGCAACCAUGACACGGCCGAUCAGGACCUUGAGCGAGGGCAGAGGCUUCGAGACAUCAAGCCAUAACCUAGGCUGCUUUGGUGGAGCGGGUGGCCAACACGCGACCGCAGUUGCCAGAGAUCUGGGGAUCCGACAAGUUAUCAUCCCUAGAUACUCUAGUAUACUUUCGGCGUACGGUAUGGCAUUAGCUGAUGUUACCGUCGAGAACCAAGAGCCAGAAGCGCUUACAUUCUCUGAUGCGGUGUUACCAAAACUGCAGAGUCGCUUCGAAAGACUAUGUGCAUUGGGUGUUGAGGGCUUGAUCCCUCAAGGCUUUCCGCCAGCACAGAUCGAACACGAGCUAUUUUUGAGUAUGAGAUAUCAGGGUAGUGACACUGCACUCAUGAUCGCGGAGCCUGGAAACAUUGCCGACUUCGGCAAAGCCUUCACGCAACGUCACAAGCAAGGGUUUGGCUUCACACAACCUCGCGAGAUCCUUGUCGACGAUGUCAGAGUACGUAGCGUGGGAAAAGGCGCAAACAUUACCCUGAAGAGUCCAUUCGAAGAACUGCAGCAACUACGAGCGUCACCUCCUGCUACCCCAAUCGAGCCUCAAUCAAAGCGACAGGUAUACUUUGAGUCUGGAGGCUGGACCGAGACCGCGGUGUUCUUCCUUCAAGAUCUCCCCCUGGGAACCCACGUCAAAGGACCAGCAAUGGUGGUCGAUCAAACCCAGACUAUCGUUGUGGACCCAGCCAGUGAAGCAACAGUGCUAUCUGAGCACUUGAUUCUUGAGAUCAACGACUUCGAAAAGGAGCAGGUGGCCACUGAGGUAGUCGACCCUGUUCAAUUGAGCGUGUUUGGCCACCGUUUCAUGAGCGUCGCGGAGCAAAUGGGCCAAACAAUGCAGAAGACGUCUAUUUCAGUCAACAUCAAAGAGCGACUUGACUAUUCGUGCGCUGUUUUCUCUGCUGAUGGCGGCUUAGUGGCCAACGCACCUCAUAUCCCCGGACACCUGGGCUCUAUGAGCUACGCCAUUGCCUACCAAGCUCGCCUGUACAAGCCAGGAGAGCUGAAACCAGGUGACGUUCUGCUCAGCAACCACCCCAUAUCAGGUGGUACGCAUCUUCCCGACCUGACUGUGACGACGCCCGUUUUUGACGAUGACGAGAACCCCAAGGAGAUAUUAUUCUUCGUUGCGAAUAGAGGCCACCAUGCAGAUAUUGGUGGAAUACAGCCUGGCUCGAUGCCACCCAACUCGACCGAGCUUUGGCAGGAGGGUGUCGCCGUUGAGACAUUCAAAAUGGUGAAACAGGGUGUCUUCGACGAAGACGGUCUAAGACAUAUUCUCGUGGACAUCCCCGCUUCCUACCCUGGAUGUAGCGGUACCCGUACUUACCGGGACAACGUCGCGGAUCUCAAAGCUGCCGUGGCGGCAAACAAUCGUGGAAUCCAGCUGAUUCAGGACUUGGUCAAGGAGUAUACCUGGCCGGUCGUGCAAUUCUACAUGGAGGCGAUCCAGAACAAUGCCGCACAAGCGGUCCGCGAAUUGCUCAAGGUCUUCGCCCAACGUUUUCAAGGAGUAGAUCUUGAAGCGAUCGACUAUAUCGAUGAUGGCACGCCAAUAGCACUGAAGAUUACAAUCAACGAGCAGAGUGGUGAUGCUGUCUUCGACUUUAAUGGCAGUGGUCCCGAACACUUUGGAAACAUGAAUUGUCCUCCAGCGGUUAUGUAUUCUGGUAUCAUGUAUUGUCUGAGGUCAAUGAUCUCCAGCGAUAUCCCGUUGAACCAAGGCUGUCUCAAGCCCAUCAAGAUCAAACUACCUGAAGUAUCCAUACUCUCCCCGUCGCUGAAAGCGGCGACAGUCGGAUCGAACGUCGAGACAUCGCAAAGGAUAGUCGACCUGAUCUUCAAAGCCUUCCAAGCCUGUGCAGCAUCACAAGGAACGUGUAAUAAUUUGACGUUCGGCUACGGAGGCACCGACCCAAUGACAGGAAAAGUCGUCAAAGGAUUCGGAUACUACGAGACCAUCGCUGGUGGUUCAGGCGCAGGCGCUGACUGGGACGGUGAAAGUGGCGUGCACACUCAUAUUACCAACACGAGGAUCUCGGACCCGGAGAUAUUCGAGCGACGAUAUCCCGUCAUCCUUCAUGAAUUUUCCAUUCGUCCUGACAGUGGUGGUGCUGGUCUCCAUCGCGGAGGAGACGGGUGCGUGCGUGACAUCGAGUUCCGCAUACCCUUGCAAGUAUCGAUACUGUCGGAACGGCGUGUCAUUGCUCCUUACGGCAUGGCAGGAGGUGGGGAAGGAAAACGUGGAGUCAAUCUAUGGAUUCGUCGAGAUCCAGAAGAUGGGACUGUUCGGACUAUCAGCCUGGGUGGGAAGGCUACGACGCCCAUGAACGCUGGUGACCGCAUCAUUGUCCUUACUCCCGGUGGUGGUGGGUAUGGACCAGACCCUAAUGCUGUGGCUAAGAAGCAGAUCGUGGGAGCGUUCAAGAUCGGCGACAAAUUCAAAGCCAGCAGCAACUCGAGGACUUCAGGAAGUGUGGCUGAGAGGAAUGCAAAGGCCACAGGAAAUUGA